AUGGCAGCGCUGAGACAGGAGCGUCGCUACGGGCUCUCCUGCGGCAAAAUCAACAAAAACAUCCCCAACAGAAGUCUUUAUCACGUCAAACUCACUGACACCGCCAUCCGGACCCUCGAAGCCUUCCAGAACCUUAAGGCAUCACUACCCAAUCGGCCGUCCAUUUGCUUCAAGGAAAGCCAGGGGUAUAUCAAGAUCCCUACUCCAACUUCAGAAUCUCCCGGUGGAUUCCGAGUCUUCUCCUUCUACCUAUCCAGCGACAGCAAGGACAAGCCUCAGUCCAGCUUCGACUGCAUUCAUCAGUAUGUUUCAGGAGAGGGCAGGGAUCAGCUGGAGGGCCAGGGCAGCAUUCAGGACAAGAUCACAGUUUGUGCCACCGAUGACUCCUACCAGGCGACACGGGAGCGCAUGUCCCAGGUGGAGAAGGACAUCUGGAGCCGGUCAGCCAUCGAGAUAAAACCCGGGCCAAGUAAGUGUGUGAAGGUCCAGAGGAAGCAGGGUCUGGUUUCAGGCUCAGAUAGCAGCAGCAGCAGCAGCAACAAGCACUCCCCCAGCAAUAAGAGGAGCCUAGUUCCCAGCCCUGUGGCACACAGGCCUUUAAGGGACCGAGUCAUCCAUCUCCUGGCCUUAAAACCUUACAGGAAACCUGAGCUGCUACUGUGGUUGGAGAGGGAACGGGCUAGUCCAAAAGACAAGGCUGACCUGACCUCAGUGCUGGAUGAGGUUGGCAAGCAGAGCCUGAAAGAUCACAGCUUUUCUCUGAAGGAGGAGCUCUACAGACAUGUCCAGAGAGACUGGCCUGGUUAUCUCGAGGAGGAGAAGCAGCUCAUACACAGACUUCUGAUCAGGAAGCUUCAGCCACUCCACACGAGUUGCCAGUUGAAAAGUCCCCAGGCCAACCAGUCAUUCCACAAAACUACCGGGGAUUCUCCUUCCCAACUCAGCCCUGCCAAGACGCUCUCUGCGAAACGCCCUUUGCCUUCGGAUCCCUCUAACUGCCAGACCCCCAAAAAACAAAGACUAAUAGACCCCUGCUUGCCUCGGCAGUCUCCAUCUCAGGGAGACUGCGGCGCCAACGGGACGCCCCAAAGCUCCUCCAGCCACACCGCUGCUGGUGUGCACAUCAAAACAGAGCAAACCAACAAUCAUCUCCAGACGCGUCUUAAUGGUCUGCACUCGCCGCUGAAACUGAACGCAUCGUCUACAACUACUACUGCGACUACGACGACGACUACUACUCCCAAAGUGGAGAGGAAUGCGCCGGCGUCCACUGCACUUAGCCCCAAGUCCCCAUGCUUGAACACAAAGGUUUGCACUGACGAGCAAAUGCACAACGGCCAGCAUAAAAAGAAGAAGUCCAAAAAGCACAAAGAGAAGGAGCGGGAGCGCUUAAAACCAGAGUGGAUCGAGACCAGCCCAGACCUGAAGAAGAACAAGGAAAAUCUCAAAGAGCACGGAGGAGAGAAAACGCGAGCGAGUCCAAGCACAGCAGACGACCUGCCGGACUAUUUAUUAAAAUACUGCACAAUAACAGCACUGGAGCAGCGCGAGCAGUACAAGGACGACUUCUGCUCCGAGUACGACGAGUACAGAGCUCUUCACGAUCGCAUCAGAGCCAUCACAGAGAUGUUUGUCCAGUUAGGCUCAAAGAUCAACUCGCUCUCGCCGGGGACGCAGGAGUACAAGCUCAUGGAGGAACAGAUACUACAAAAGUACCGGCGAUAUAAGAAAAGGUUUCCUGGCUACCGGGAAGAAAAGAAGCGUUGCGAGUACCUCCAUCAGAAACUGUCACAUAUCAAAGGUCUGAUCUCAGACUACGACCGAGCACGGGAACUCUCCUAGUGCCAACGGCCGCUACUAACAGGGUUGCAAACAAGACUGGACCAAAAAGACUGGCAGUGGACCAAAAGACGCUCAAACAACAUUCACUUUAGUCCUCUGUGAGAUGAUGCAAUCAAGGACCGACUUCUCAACAAAAAGUUCAAGGUGAUGGUUUUUUAGUGCUGGAACAAAAUGUCCUGCUGUGAACUGGGCAGAUGUGCAAGUGAAAGCCAAAUCUUUUCUCUUUUGAGCCUUCCUGCCGACAUGCGUUUUUAUUCUCUUGUUUUCCAAAUGAAGUAUUCAAUUGAUGGUACAAUCAGUCUUAAGGGGGGAAACAAAAGCUACUAGUCGAGUCUUAACCGACACAUUCAGUCACUUUAUUAACUAACUUCAAGAAAACACAACCUCGUAUUGAAUUGCCGUACAUUUCACUAAGACUCCUCAACAAUGUUUUUAUCUCACCAGCAUCUCUAGAUCAGUGGCUCUCAACCUUUCUACACCCUGCAAAAACACACAUUUGACAGGUCAUUCCCAUAUGAGAAGAAAUAAACAUUAAUGACAUAUUUAAUGUAUAUAUUUCCAUCCAUUUUCUUCCGCUUAUCCGAAGUGGGGUCGCGGGGGCAGCAGCCUAAGCAGAAAAGUCCAGACUAUCCUCUUCUUAGCUACUUUGUCCAGCUCUUCCCGGGGGGAUCCCGAGGCGUUCCCAUUUCCAAUACAUCUAUUUAUUUCCUGCAUGAUUUGAGAAUCUCAGUGGUUAUCAAAAUAUUGAAUUCAUAUUUUCUCCCACUAUCCCCGGCGAAAAGCAUAUUUGAAACAUAGCACUUUUGCGUUAGUAACUGUUUUAUUACGCUCAAAACAUUCAUCUGUGGUGAUCGUGCUUGAAACAACAUACAAUUACUUCAAUUGUAAACAAAAAAAGCUAUUCAAAUGUAUAAAAUAAUUAUUAGUGUGGCCUCUAUUGAAAAUUAUGAUAAAUAUGUGUUCUUAAAUGCAGAUACAAAUGACUUUAUAAACUUUAUU